CGGUUUCAAAGUACGCGACAGAGGAACACACAAUGUUCCAGUUGAAGUACGCCUUUGUCUGGCUUCUGGUCGCCGUAGUGUUGGCCAAACGGCGAUUUCCUAUAGGAGAAGUUGAACUAGACGUAAACAGGACCGUGGCCUUUUCGACGCGUCAAGAAGUCGAUGAGAGUUAUCGACUGCCAACGGAAACCGUUCCAUCGCAUUACAAUAUUGAACUAAAGACAGCCGUUCAUGAAGGGGAAAUCGAGUUCCAAGGCAGUAUGUAUAUACGACUGAAUGUCGUUGAGAAAACCAACUCGAUUACGAUCCACAAUCGAUAUCUGACCAUCCUGACUGUUAGGCUGUUUUAUCUGCAUGAAGACAUGUUAAUAGAAAUUGAUCCACCGACGCACAGUCUCGAUGAGCAGAGAGAGCUUCUCACGUUCCUGUGUUCGGGAACUUUGGAUGUCGGUAUCUACCAUCUGCAUAUAACUUAUUCCGGAAAUUUACAAACAUCUUCUUCAAAUGGAUUUUUCCGAAGGCACUACCGGGACGCAGACGACAAUCGUCGUUACAUUGCUUCGACGCAGUUUGAACCGACGCAUGCUCGUAUGGCAUUUCCUUGCUACGACGAACCGACGUUGAAGGCUACAUUUACUGUCUCGAUAACUCACCACAGAAGUUACAACGCCGUGUCCAAUAUGCCCGUCGUGCAGGUGCAGGAUACGGAAGAUCCGGAAUACGUUACCACGAUAUUCGAUCAAUCGCAAAUAAUGUCCACUUAUUUGGUGGCUUUUGCAGUGACGGAUUUCGAAACCAGGGAACUGGCCCUGCAGCAAAUUCAUGCCCGUCCCAAUGCGAUCGAUUUGACUGAGUUUGCCUUACAAACGGGAGUGGAUGUUUUGCUGGCACUGAACUCCCAUACUGACAUUUCAUACUACAAUUACAAACCUAAGAUGGCGCAAAUUGCCAUCCCGGAUCAGUCAUCCGGUGCGAUGGAGAACUGGGGUUUAGUUACCUAUGGCGAACCAAUCCUACUGUUCGACCCGAAAGUUAACAACUACCGCACCGUGCUCGACAUUGUCACCGUGAUCGCACACGAAUAUGCGCACCAAUGGUUCGGAAACUUGGUGACCACGGAUUGGUGGCAGUAUCUUUGGCUGAACGAAGGCUUCGCACAACUGUACGGUUACCUGGGUGCUGAUCUAGCCUACCCGGAGCAAGGAUACUUUGAACUUUUCCUGAUUCAUGUUUUGCAACCGUCACUUCGUUCAGAUUCGAGUGAUACGACACGACCUAUGAACUGGAAUGGUGCAACCCCAGCGGAGAUAUCCGCACUGUUCGAUGGAGUUGCUUAUGGCAAGGCUGCCAGCGUUCUGAACAUGUUCCGAACUAUACUGGGAGAUGACAUCUGGAGAGCGGGACUCAAGAAGUAUCUGCUAAGCCGAGAGUUGGCUGCCGCAACUCCCGAUGAUUUGUACGCUGGAUUGCAAACUGCCAUUUCCGGAAAACGAAUGCUUCCCGGUGAGAUGACAGUGAAAGAGGUGAUGGAAACGUGGACAACCGCCGCCGGCUACCCAUUACUGAGUGUACGUCGGAACUAUCAAAACAAUGAAGUGAUCCUGUCGCAGCAACGAUUCUUCGCCGACAAAACAUUACCUAAUGAUCACAUUUGGUACAUUCCCUACAAUGUGGCCGAUCAGAGCAAGCUUGAUUUUGAACUCGACUCGUUCGAAUGGUUAACCACGAGGGCUGCUAGGCUUUCAAUCGAUACGGAUCCUGAUCAAUGGCUCAUCUUCAACCGACAGCAGUCGGGAUUCUAUCGAGUCAACUACGACACCCGUAACUGGGAACUGAUCACCGAAGCAAUGAUCGCCUCACCGAAGAGUUUCCAUACGCACAAUCGUGCUCAACUCAUUGAUGAUGCUUUCUAUUUGGCCCGUGCCGAUCUCAUCGAUUUCAGUAUAGUUCUCAAGAUGUUGUUUGCGCUUCGUACCGACACGGAAUAUCUUCCCUGGGCCGCUGGAAACAACGUAAUAACUUAUCUGUACAACAAACUCCGCGGCACCGAAUACGAUAUACCUUUCGUGAUCUACGUAGACGAACUGAUCAUGGAUAUCUAUUCUACUUUGAAUAUAGAUUCGGUGGAUCCCGAUGAAUCUCUGCAUGACAAAUAUUUGAAACAAUUGAUUUCUACUUGGGCAUGUAGAUUGGGAAGUUCCAAUUGUUUGUCGAAAACUCGAGAAUCGUUCAAUGCAGCAGCUCUGGACAGGGCAGAAAUUCCGGCCGACGUUGCAUCGGUGGUUUAUUGUUACGGUGUCCAAUCGGCAACGGACGAAGACUUCCAGUGGUUAUACCAGCGUAUGUUUGACUCGAAGAAUCAAGCCGAAAGAAAGAUUCUGAUAGAUGCUAUGGGUUGCUCACAGCAGGCAUUCCAGCUGGAGUCGUUCCUAACAACGUCCAUCGGUGCCGGCGUCGGUGUAGAAGUCAACUACUUCGACAGUGAAAGAACUCGUGUUGUGCAAGCCGUCUACUCGGAAAGCAGAUUCGGUGUCGACGCACUGAUCGAUUUCCUCAAUGACUACGACACAGCCGAUGAUCUCAUCUACUGGUUGGGUCAGUCGGCGUUCAACAACGCGAUCGGAGCCAUUGCUUCGCGAACCAACAACCAAGCCGAGCUCGGUAGACUAAAGCAGCUGCUCGAAACGGUAGGGUCAUUGACUCCGCAGUACGUGCAGGAUUCAGCGUUGGCUACGGUCAAGGCCAACUUCGAUUGGUUCGACAGCCUCGAAGGAUUGAUUGUUACUGAAUUCCUGGAACAAUAUUUCGUCAAAACAUACUAAAUGAAAAACGUGUCAGUAUCUGAGAAUAAAUUUUUAUCUUUUGAUGCAA